AUGCGCGUUAUCAUCCGCAACUCUGGUCGAUUCACGAUGGCAGAUGACCAUGGGUUCCGCUUCCUGGAUCUACCCAAGGACAUCCGCCUGGAAAUAUACGACCUUUUCCCUGCCGAAACCCGUCGCUACACGGUGCAAGCACGUACGCCAGGCAUCACACCCUUCACCCUGGUCUUCGAACGCAUCCCGUGCAUGGCCCUACUCACCACCUGUCGCCAAAUAUUCCACGAAGUCUCUGCCAUCAUGGGGUCAAGAUUAGAGGGCCAGCCACUUCGUAUCUUCGCCGCUGUGAGAGACUUGAGUAACACCGUCGUCAAGGUAUUAUCGUAUUAUACUGCACCCCAAUCUCAACAAAAGUUCCUGGAAAUACGUGUCAAGCGCUAUAGUCCUAGUCGCGAAACCGGCCCCGACGAUCAGGAUGUGCCCGAAUAUCCGCCUCAGGCUCUAUAUCACAAUAUAAGGGCAACUGGCUCGAAGCUAGAAGUCGAGAUAGCUCUUGAGCUUGGCGAUGUAUUCACAUCAUCUCCAUGGUACUUCCAGCUCACCAGAGAUUAUAUUCGCAUAUUCCAUGAGAGGAUUAUGGGUAUGGGAAAGUCGCAGUGGUACCACCGCCACGACCCCGUCAAUAUCACAAUCCGGCCCAAGCCGACAGCAGAUAUGAGCGAGAAAACAAUCAGCGAUUGUAAAGUAUUCGAAUUCGAGGAAUACCAAAGAGACUUUGGGCUUGGGAAGAUGUGGACUUGUCAGUUCGGUGAGUGCAUGACGGAGAGGGAGUGGCAACGCAACUGGGAGGAAGGCAAGCACUUCAGAAAAUUGAAGCGUAUCUAG